AUGAACAUUGUUGCUUAUAAUCUUUAUAAUUUUCUAGCCAACAAGCCAGAACAACGUCAUAAUGUAAUUACUAGAAAUCCAAAACAACGUCAUGAUUUAAAUAAUCAGAAUUUAGAUCGAUAUAAAACUAUACAACAAGAAAUUAAACAACAAAUCAUCGCGAGAAAAUUAUUUGACGAAAUUACACAAUGGGAACAAGAAUCAAUUGCGAAGAUAAAAUCUGCUGCUGAAAAAGCUAAAAUUGAUUGGAAACGCAUUUGUGGACAACCGUAUCAAAAGGCAGACCAUUUAUUAAAGAAAUUAUCAAAUUCACUUCGAAACAAUCGCCACUAUGAUAUUUGUACAUCUGAUGUUAUUAAGUCGGAUAAGAGAAUACUUGACGAUGGUCAAAAUGAAUUAUUGAAACUACGUGAACUAAAAAUAGCUAAGACUGAUCUCUCAUCUAUUCAUUUAAUCAAACUUGAAAAUGAUGACGUGACUGAAACUCUAACAAAUACUUCAUUUUUACAUAAUCCGAUUCAAUUUGAAAAAACAACAUCAGAAAAUAGUGUUGCUUCAAAACUAAUGGGCUCAUCAACUGACAUACCUUUAAUUUUACAAUCUCAAAUCGAUCCAUAUCCAAGUACUUUAUUAAUUACUCCUUCUCUUAAAUAUCAAGAUGUUCGAAAGCUAUUCGAUUAUCUUAGAUCUCUAUCUCCAAUGCAGAAAUAUGGACCACUGAGUGGUGAUUGUGAUGUUGAAACUACUCAAAUGGAAAGAUUUCUUUCGCAAUCAUUUGACUUCAGAAAUAUUCCUAAUGAAUACAUUGUUCAUGGUGUCAAAUCCUUUCGACUCGGCAAACCGUUAAGAAAACUAACCCCACGAGAUAUUAUUUUUUUUCCAAAUCCGACAAGAAAGUCUUUUGUAAUGACCGUUCAAGAGAUUCUUGGUUGGCAACAUUCAUUUAAAGUCUAUGCAGACCAAAGCGUCAAAGGUAUGAAUAGCGACUUUCUUUGCAAAGCUCUUCAAGGACUAAGUGAAUCUGGUGAAGAAGCAUCUCGUAUGAAAUUUGUUGUUCGCAUUUCACAAUGUCCUAUUUUGAUGGAAUUCGAUGCUCGUCUUAUUACUCGAGAACUAAAAGAUCAGUGGCCUUCUCGAAUCAAGCUUGUUUCAGUUACUGGGAUUGAUUUUGCUGGUCGAAUACAUGAUGUUAAUGAUAUUACUACCUAUGUUACUAAUUGGAAAGACGUUUAUGAAAUCGAUCCAAAAACAGGUUUACCUUUUGUCUAUAAUGGAAGAGAUUUCCAGAGGAAACGUGGAGCUUCUCAAGCUGAACUUCAUACAGAUCGUCUUCUCAAAGAUUUAAUACGAAUGGCAAGACUUCGACUAUAUGCAUGCGACAAAGAAAAAGUGCAAAUUGUAGUCGAAACUGGUAUUGGACUAGGUGUAUUUGCUGGCAAAAGUAUUGGAAUCGAUGGAAUAGUACGGGCACUCUCCGCAAAAGCUAUUCGAACAGUACUUGAACAAGAAGGACCAAAUUAUGAACAUAUUCGUGGAAUUGUGUUUGCUUUACCUAUAUUUGAUAGUGACUUACGGAUUGGUCGAAGAGAAGAUGUUUAUCAAGCAUUCGUUGAUGAAUUUGAUCGGAGCAAAUAUAAUGGUUGUAUUCCUGUACUGAUCGCUGAUCAAGAUAUGCAUCGAUUAACAGUUGUUAUUGCACAUGGAGGUUUUAAUGUUUCUGAACUGAAUCCUGCAGAUUCACAUGGUGUAUUUGGUGAAUAUUGGCAAAAUCGUGGACCAGCUGUAGAAGAAAAACUAGCUAUAACUACAUUAGGUCUACUUGUUCAACAUCAUCUUAUUAAUCCAUAUGUCCUUGAUCCAAAACAUUAUCGUUUCGUAUAA